UGGCAUAGUUUGAGUAACUGCACGAAGAUAUUUGGCACGAUUUCUACAAAAAUCUAGAGAGAAGAGAAGAGAAGAGAGAUAUGGCGGUGGAGAGUUCGAAUGACAUCUACGCCCUCCCAGAGGACUGCCUAGCCACCGCGCUGUCGCUCACCAGCCCUAAGGACGUUUGCCGCCUGUCGGCGGUCGCUUCCACAUUCCGAUCCGCCUCCCAAUCCGACACCGUUUGGGCCCGCUUCCUGCCCUCCGAUUACCUACACAUAAUUUCCCGCGCUCUUGACGGCGGCGAUUCACUGCUUUCGAAUUUUCAUUCCAAAAAGGAUCUCUAUCUCCACCUCUGCGAUCACCCCCUUCUCAUCGACGAUGGCCGCAAGAGUUUUCAAUUGGAGAAGCUGAGUGGUAAGAAAUGUUGCAUGCUAUCUGCAAGGGACCUCUCCAUUGUGUGGGGAGAUACUCCUCAAUACUGGCGAUUUCUCAGUCUCCCUGAAUCCAGGUUUCCGGAGGUGGCAGAGCUCCUCGACGUUUGCUGGUUCGAAAUAAGAGGGAAGAUAGAGAUGAGCAUGCUAUCUUUGGGCACUAAUUAUGCAGCAUACCUUGUGUUCACUUGCAGGUCAAUGGUACAUGGUUUUGAUCAUCAAUCUGCAGAAGGUUAUGUGAAAGUGAGUGGGAGUGAAAGUGAGAAACGUAGUGUUUGUUUGGAUCCAGAUGGAGCACGGAAGCGUAGGCACCAGCUUGUACCGAGACGUGUAGGAUUGUUCUACCGCCGCUUAACUCAAAUGCGGAACCCGGAAGCCAUGCUACCAGAGGAGGAGCCUGAGGACCCGAAGCAGAGAGGGGACGGGUGGAUGGAGGUAGAAUUGGGAGAGUGUUUUGUAGAAGAAGGGCAAGAUGGAGAGCUGGAGGUGAGCGUGAUGGAGGUCAAGGGCGGCCAUUGGAAGAGUGGCAUCAUUAUACAAGGGAUUGAGAUUAGACCUAAAGAGAGUCAGUAGAUAGAUGCUUGUAAUGUCUGAAUUUCUGAAAAAUCUUGAUCAAUGAUCAUAGUGAAUUUAUGUAACCUUUUUUUUGUGGUGA